AUGUCCUCACGCCGAACCUAUUCGUCCUCGAGGGUGGAAGCCCGGCCGGCCGAACGCAACCGCAUCUAUGCUACACCUCCUCCACCUCCACCAGAGCCAUACCACGGCCGGCAGUUUGAGAGGGCCAUGGUUCAGGAAGAGUAUUGGAAUUCCCGGGGUUCGACUCAAGUUUGGGAUCCGUUGAAAGAAAUGGACUCCGUGGCUGCUCGACCAGACACUUAUGGCCGAGCCCAUACCAUAUGUCACGAGUCUAGAUUGGAACAUGAAUACAGCGACCCUUACAAGAAGCGUCCACAACCAUAUACAGCCCGUGCAGACGCUGACUACAAGGCCUAUAAACGUCCCUCAGAGGGCCAUCGUGUUAUAUCACAACAAGUACACAGUUACAAGCAAACACCAGUAGGGAGAAAUGUCUCCCCCCACGAAUACCAUCGCGACAGCCUCCUAGAGGGGAAACGCCUUGCGAGGGAGGGCCGUAAUAUGGCAAACAUAGCUGCGCAAUCUCGAACGGGCUUCGAGCAAAAGUACCCGCAGGCAUACGAGGACCGUGAAGCAAUCAAGAAGCACGCUCACCAAGGACUUAGCCAGAAACGGUCUGCUGGAAAUUACAGAGAUGAUGACACUUAUAUAGAUGGAAGGUUGGCAGCCUGGGAGAAACAGAUGGAGCGUCGAGGCAGACAUUACACAUGA